AUGGCACCUCCAAUAUGUGUAGUCGUAGCUGCUGCAGCCCUUGACGCCGUAAUUGAGAAGCAUGGUAGUAUUGAGGGAUAUGAGGAAUUUCAAGUAGGUAAAGAAGAGGAGGAAUUGAAGGAACGAGCUAGAUUGCAUCAGGUAUGGCUAAAAAAGGAGGAAAAAUUUAGAAAUGAAUUCCAGUCUAGGCAGGAACUAAUCAAGAGAAUACAAGAAGAGGAGAAGCAAAGGGCUGCGGAAAAUAAUGUUAGUAUGGAAACAGAUUAUCAGGAAAUUGACUGGCUUUCAUGUUAUUUGUAUCAUGUUCUGGAAAGCAACACAUCUGGCAGCGAUGCGGAUGAAUCAAAUCAGGAUAAGACGCCAUUCCAUAAUCCCUUUGCUGCGUCAACUAACAAUCAGUAUGUUAAAGGCGAAGAGACUUUUGUUGAAUCAAAACCAUGCCCGUUCUUCAAUAAAACUGGAGUUUGCAGAUUUGGAGAUAGGUGUUCUCGCUUACAUGUACAUCCUGAAAGUAGUCGUGUGCUCCUUAUACCAAAUAUGUUUACGAGUAUUGGUUUAUCGGAAGGUUUACAGGAUGAACAAGAAUUUGAUACUAACUUAGAAUACUCCGAAAAUGACUUAAGAUCACAAUUUAUAGAAUUUUAUAACGAUAUUUAUCCAGAAUUUCAAGCUGCUGGCGAAAUUAGAGAAUUUAAAAUUUGCUGUAAUUAUGAGCCUCAUCUUCGCGGUAAUGUGUAUGUAGAGUAUCAGAGUGAAGAAGAAUGCCAUAAAGCUUUUCGGAUGUUUCAUGGUCGUUGGUACGCACAGCGGCAGUUAUUUUGCCAAUUUUCUCCGGUUAAUAAUUGGAAGUCUGCUAUAUGUGGUUUGUUUCGUCAAAAACGCUGUCCAAAAGGAAAGCAUUGCAAUUUUUUGCAUGUUUUUGAAAACCCUGUAGCACAGUCUACAAGAUCUGCCUUUAAUGAUAGACAUAGAAGACAUAGUUUUAAUAAUAAUCGUUCCGUGAGAGACUAUGGUAAAAUAGAGAAUAGAAGUUCACGUUCCGAUAGGCACCGCAAUCAUGAUGAUAGAGUGAGAAGGUCCGAUUGGCACGAUAGACAUAAUCGACGUGACAGAAGUCGAGACAAUGAUAAUUAUCGUCAUGAAAAGCGAUCGAAGCGGUCACGAUCACCGACACAUGAUAGCGAUAAUCACGUAGAUCGAAAACGUAGGAAAAAGCAUAAACAUAGAUCCCGAGAUUCUGCGGACAAGGAAGAAAGCCAGCGCGAGUCUAUUCGAUCAGAGAAACGGGACCGGAAAUCUCAUCACAAAAAGAAGAGAUCUUCUAACGCUGUAUGCACACAAAGUGCGUUAGUAAUAUUUUUCACAAAGCUAUUAACAUAUGAUACAUAA